UAUGCUCUUGUUGCCUCAAUUAUAAAGUUAUAUCUUUAGUUAAUGCGGAGUUAUUUGCAAUCAUCAUCAUGAUCAUCAUUGAUUUUUGUUUCAGGGUUGGAGGAAUAGAAAUUUAGUUCAAUCUAAUUAUGACAUCACCUCCAUGCGAAGCACCUGAUCAAACGUGCAGAGUUUCACUUUCUGCAGAACAUGAGAUGGCUUCUGAUUGGUCAACUGUUGAAAAUCAAUUCAUUUAUGCAACACGUGCCAGCAAAGAUAAUCAAAUGUCAAAUAUGAUGGCGAAUUCCUCAUUAACUUAUCAAUUCCCAAUUCAUCAACAUCAAAGUUUUGGCCUUUCUCACCAAUUCAUUCAAUUGUCAACUCCCCCAAAUAAGAGGAGGACAUUGCUGUUCAAGGAAAAUAUAGAAGAAGGUGCAAUUGCACGAAGUCAAAUUGUUCAAAUGGAUAUUAUAUUGCCCUUGUCACAAGGGAAUAGUUGGACAAGAACAUGCCGAUGUGAAAUUUGUGACAAUAGCUACGGCAGCAAAAAAGGCAAGAAUUAA